AUGGAAAGCGGAACCGAAAUUGAUGUUAAAUUUGUUUUUGCCAAAUCUAGGGUUGCGCCUAUAAAAGGCUUGUCGAUUCCACGACUCGAACUGCAAGCGGCAGUUUUAGCAAGCCGGAUCGCAUCCAUGGCGCGCAAGGAACUACGACUGCCCAUCCGUUCCGUCCGGUUUUGGUCCGAUUCCGAAAUAGUAUUAAAAUGGCUGGCGUCAGAAAAUCGGCGAUACUCAUCAUUCGUUCAUCACCGAGUAAACGAAGUGACGGAGUCUUCAAGUAGUGAUGAUUGGAGUUUCAUAGGUGGCCUCGACAAUCCAGCAGAUGACUGCAGCCGCGGCCUACGACCAACCCAACUGUACAACCACCAUCGCUGGUUUGAAGGGCCACCGUUCCUAAAAGAGCCGAUGGAAAACUGGGCACAGUAUCACGACCGCCAGGAGCCGAAAACGGAAGAUUUGGAAUUAAUUAAAGAAAAGUUUGUUGGCUCAACAGAGGUUACCCCGACCGACGAAAUCAGCGAUUUAUUUAGCACAAAAUCAAGCUUAGCCGACUUAAUUGAUGCGGUGGUCAACAUCACAAGACGGAUAAGCCCGACAACUGAUACAAACGCACCAGUAGCAGUGGAAGAAAAAAAAGGUGCCCUAAAAAUAGCCAUUAAAAAGGCUCAGGAAUUAUGUUUUGCCCCAGAAGUGAAAUCGCUGCAAGCCGGGCGGUUGUUGAAGAGGACCUCCAAUUUAUUAAAGUUAACACCCUUCCUAGACGGAGACGGAAUCGUUAGAGUGGGCGGAAGAAUAGAGAAUGCCUACAUACCCUAUAACGCUCGCCAUCCUAUAGUGCUGGAUCCUGACCACCGGCUUACCACCUGGCUCAUCAUGGAAGCUCAUAGCGGCACAGCUCACGCUGGAGUGGAACGAACCUUAGCUGAGGUUAGGACGGCCUACUGGCCAUUAAAGGGCAGAAGAGCCAUACGAGGGGUCGUCAAGAAAUGCAUCCAGUGUAAAAUGCAACGCGCGCGGCCAGCCCCACCGAUGAUGGCAAAAUUACCUAAACCGAGAGUGGAACCUUUUCAACCGGCCUUCACAAAUAUCGGAUUAGAUUUUUUUGGCCCGUUCACAGUCGUCAUCGGAAGAAGAAGAGAAAAGCGGUGGGCCUGUUUGUUUACCUGCCUGGCAACGCGAGCCGUCCACCUAGAGAUGGUCUACCGAAUGGAUGCCGAUUCGUUUAUAAUGGCUUUUAUUAGGUUUUCUAGCAGUCGCGGAAUCACGCCAGCGACGGCGUACAGCGACAAUGGAACUAACAUCACCGCCGGAGAGAAAGAGCUGAGAACUGCCUUUGAUAACCUCAUCAGCGACCCCAGCCUGCCGAAGAAACUAGCUGAGAAAAGAACGCAGUGGCAUUUUUCACCUCCCGCAGCCCCGCAUUUUGGCGGCGUGUGGAAACGCCUAGUACAAGCGAGCAAACGAGCCAUAAAGGCCGUCUUAAAUGAGCGUACGGUGUCCGACGAGGUGCUGGUGACCGUGUUCGUCGAGGUCACGGCAUUGUUGAAUGGCCGUCCACUUACAAACGUGAGCACCGAUCCAACCAACGCCAACCCAUUGACGCCAAACCAUUUCCUUCAUCAACCUCAUCAAUAUGUACCGCCAGACGACCACAGCACCUUUGAAGACAACGCAAUGAGGCGCUGGAGAUAUGCGCAAUUCAUCGUGGAGCAAUAUUGGAAGAGAUGGAUGAGGGAGUACGUCCCUACCCUAAUUGAGAGAAAGAAAUGGUUCAUGCCGAAUCGAAAUGCGGAAGUGGGGGAUCGAGUACUCGUGAUUGACGAAAACACUAGGAGGGGAGAAUGGCCAGUCGGGACUGUAGUGAAGGUGUACCCGGACGGCGAAGGGAUCGUCCGGCAUGUCACUGUGAAAACGGAGUCCAACGAGUAUAAACGCCCGGUAACAAACUUUGUGUAA